AUGGCAUGGCAGUUAAGAGUUGAAGCUACAAGUCUAUUGAAAUAUUUGAAGAAACUCUCCACCUUGCCUAUUACAGUAGACAUUCUUGCGGAGACUGGGGUCGGGAAGACAGUAAAUAGCUAUCGAAAACAUGAGCAAGUUGGAAGCUUUGCCAGGGACCUAGUGGCCCAGUGGAAGAAGCUGGUUCCUGUGGAACGAAACAGCGACGCUGAUGAACAGGACUUUGAGAAGAGCAGCUCCCGAAAGCGACCUCGGGAUGUUCUUCAGAGGGAGGAGGAGAUGCAGGGGGAACACCAGGAAAACUGGAAAGCCUCCAGCAGCCAAUCCUACAGCCCUGAGCCUAGACAGAAGAAACACAGAAAACUCCCAGAGCUAGAAAGACCACACAGAGUGUCUCACAGCCAUGAGCGGAGAGAUGAGAGAAAGAAGUGCCACCGAGCAUCACCACCAUAUUCUUCAGACCCUGAGUCUUCUGACUAUGGCCAUGUUCAGUCCCCCCCAGCUUCUGCUAGUCCCCAUCACCAUCAGGUGUUCAUGAACCAUUACAGGUCCCCAGAGGAGGACCACGAGGCCAUAACUCCACAUCAGAAGCCUGGGAGAGGCCACAGUAAUGCCCUUCAGGACAGACUGGGGGUCAGUCAGGAACGGCACCUGGGGGAAUCCCAGGGCAAAGGGGUUACGAACCAAAACAAGGAGCACAAAACUUCCCACAAGGAGAAGCGCCCUGUGGAUGCCAGGGGAGACGAGAAGGCCCCUGCUCUGAGCAGAGAGAAAUCACACAAGGCCCUUGCCAAAGAGGAAAGCCGAAGGCCACUAUCAGGGGACAGUGUUAAGGAGAAACAACCCUCUGGUGCUGUCAAGAAAGAGAAGGAAAGAGAAGGUAGCAGUCUGAAGAAGAAGUUCUCAUCCACCCUGGAGGUUGCUUCAGACAACCUCCUUAAAAAAACAAAACACAAGGAUUUGGAGAAAACCAAAUAUGACAAGACUAAGCAAAGUGUGGAUGGGCUAGACAUCGGGAAGGGGGCUGGAGACCUGUUGCCCAAAACAAAAGAAAAGAUCUCCAACAACCUAAAGGCUCAAGAAGGGAAGGUGAAGACUUCUCAUUCAGGUAAAAAGUCCCUGAGCUCAUUCCAUAAAGAGGAGGAGGCAGAUGUGGACGAUGAAUUUGAGCAGCCCACCAUGUCCUUUGAAUCAUACCUCAGCUACGACCAGCCCAGGAAGAAAAAGAAGAAAAUUGUGAAAACUUCCACCACAGCACUUGGAGAGAAAGGGCUGAAAAAAAGUGAAUCUAAAAGCACUAGCAAAAACUUGGACUCAGUUCAGAAAUUGCCCAAGGUAAAUGAAAAUAAGUCAGAGAAGCUGCAGCUGGCUGGAGCUGAUUCAGCCAAGCCAAGAAAGGUCUCCAUGGAUGCUGUGCCAGUGCUGCCAGACCUGCCAUUACCUGCCAUCCAGGCCAAUUACCGCCCACUUCCUUCCCUUGAACUGAUAUCUUCCUUCCAACCAAAACGAAAAGCAUUCUCUUCACCCCAGGAAGAAGAAGAAGCUGGAUUCACUGGGCGCAGAAUGAAUUCCAAGAUGCAGGUGUAUUCUGGUUCCAAGUGUGCCUAUCUCCCCAAAAUGAUGACCUUGCACCAGCAGUGCAUCCGUGUGCUUAAAAAUAACAUCGACUCCAUCUUUGAAGUGGGAGGUGUCCCCUAUUCUGUUCUUGAACCUGUUUUGGAGAGGUGUACACCUGAUCAGCUCUAUCGCAUAGAGGAAUGCAAUCACCAACCCAUUGUGGUGUGUGUGAGCUGCCACCAGUCUGAAACAACUGCCUCAUUUCUCUCCACAGAAAUUGCACCGAUGAUGGCCAAGACAAUUAAAGCUUUCAAGAACAGAUUCUCCCGACGAUAAACUGAGGACUUGCCUUGGAGAUGGAAUUUGAGGGGGCAGAAAUACAGGGACAUGGGUGGCUGGGAAAGUGGACUUGCAAAGGAGCCGGGCAUCCAUCUUUUGCUAUGUGGAACCUUUUGUUCUGUCAGUGCUGCACGAUGACAGGGGUUGCCCCGAGCACCACAGCCCCCGCCCUGCCUGGAGCACACGGCAGACUUCCGAGCGCGAUGUGAAGCCUCAGUCUCACUGAGGGUUUUAAGGUCACUUAUACUUUUGUUGCUGAUUAGCAUCUUUGUAAACUAUAAGACAUAGUUUUAAUGAAUAAAUAUUGCCCCAGAUUGUAUUUAUAUUACCCCAGGUUUUUCUGAUUUUUUUUUUUGUUUUGUUGUUCUCUACCACACAUAGCCUUGUAUUGUCCAGGUCCUUUAGACAAAAGCCUAGCAAAAGCCAUCCCUGCCCAGGUCAGCUCUGGAGAGGCCUGUGGUCUGGCAGAGGGCGGAGCAGCCUUGGCCUGUGUUAUUGCACGUGGGGCAGGAGUGUGUGCCAGACAGGCUCUGACUGUCCUGGAUGGGAGACAGGCAUGGAGCCCCGCCCCCACACUCCGUGUCCCCAUGCAGGUGCACCUCUUUCAUACCCGUUCAAUAGUAUUUAUUUAGGGAGGCUGUUUGUAAACGCCGUGUCCUUUCCCAGUCCUCUUUGCAAGUCACCCACCCCCUUCUUUUUUAAUACUCAGUAAGAGGACACAGAACUUUGAGAAGUGAAUUUGCACAGAACCUCAGCAAUUUUAUAACUUGUAGUUUCUAGUUCAAAUUUUAGGUGUUUUUGUCCCCCCCCUUCCUUAUCUUUCCUUCUGCCCACCAGCAUGGGGAGGGGGAAAACAGACAUGGCAGGCUUUUGUAGCUUUGUGUUGACUUUGGAGUUUUAAAAGCGAGCACUUUAAUCUCUUGCUCCCUGUGAAUGGUAAAAAGUCGUGAGAGUUGGAACGCUCUGUUGAAAAUUUUUUUUGUUCCUGCCUUUUCUUUGAAAGAAAAGGUGAUAUAGUUAGAAGAGCACAGCGCUAUGCUAUGUCUGGUAGAGAACUCUACCCUCUGCCUUCCAAGUGUGCCAGCCAGGGUGUGAAGGGCCUGUGUCUGGAGGAGGGGGAACCACAGGGUGCAUCCAUCCAGCUGGAUAAAGGCUCUCACCUCCUAGCUGUCAGGAGCAGGAUCAAAAUGAGGAGGGCAGCACCAGCUCCUUCCUGGCUUCCAGGUUGGAACCCACGUAGAAAUAGAUGCUAUGAAUUUGAGAUUUACACCCCAUGGAAUCUGCAAAGCAGAGGGGAGAGCUGGCUGGUGGGACGGCCAGCCAGCCUGCUAAGUCUGGUCAUCACAUCAGUUCUCAAAGUCACCCUUCCAACCAUCCUGGAGACCUCACUUAGGCAACACAGGAAACCUGCAUAACCAGGGCUCCUCAGUGCUCAGUGUGCAUUGCUGGCUAGGGUGCCUGUUGCAAUGGGACACAAGUAUUACAGUGUUUUAAUUUGCUGUAUUUUUGAAUUAGUAAAGAACUAUUUCUCUUGAUCA